CCACACGGGGGCCAUCUGCCCGACUGCCCCCGACUACGGCAGCGGGGGUCCCCGAUGGCAGUGGGCACCUCCCCUUGAAACCUGCCAAGCUGGACACCACAGCCCUGCACGACGACGACACCUCGGCCAGCUCCACGCCCGUCUCUGAGGCUUGCAGCCAUGCAGUCAUAGCCUGCAGCCCGGGCAUCCCCGAAGAGUACUACGUGAGCGAGGCUGUGGAAGAUGCUCCCAGCUGCAGAGGGUACCGGGAUGCCUGCACCAUCACUGACGUGUGCAACAGCACCAACCUUCCCGAAGUUGAGAUCAUUAGCCUGCUGGAGGAGCAGUUGCCCCAUUACAAGCUGAGAGCUGACACCAUCUACGGUUACGACCACGAUGACUGGCUGCAUACGCCUCUCAUUUCCCCAGACGCUAACAUCGACCUCACAACCGAGCAGAUUGAAGAGACGCUAAAAUACUUCCUUCUCUGUGCUGAGAGAGUUGGCCAGAUGACUAAGACAUACAAUGACAUAGACGCUGUCACGAGGCUUCUUGAAGAGAAAGAACGGGAUUUGGAGCUGGCCGCACGCAUCGGUCAGUCGUUGCUGAAGAAGAACAAGACCCUAACCGAGAGGAACGAACUUCUGGAAGAGCAGGUGGACCACAUCCGGGAGGAGGUGUCUCAACUCCGACACGAGCUGUCCAUGAAGGAUGAGCUGCUGCAGUUCUACACCAGCGCCGCCGAGGAGAGCGAGCCCGAGUCCGUCUGCUCAACCCCACUGAAGAGAAACGAGUCGUCCUCCUCCGUCCAGAACUACUUCCACCUGGACUCCCUUCAGAAGAAGCUGAAGGACCUCGAAGAGGAGAACGUUGUGCUCCGAUCCGAGGCCUGCCAGCUGAAGACGGAGACCAUCACCUAUGAGGAGAAGGAACAGCAACUGGUGAACGACUGCGUGAAGGAGCUGAGAGAUGCCAACGUCCAGAUCGCGAGCAUCUCAGAGGAGCUGGCCAAGAAGACGGAGGACGCUGCCCGCCAGCAGGAGGAGAUCACACACCUGCUGUCGCAGAUCGUGGACUUACAGAAGAAGGCCAAGGCUUGUGCUGUGGAAAAUGAAGAGCUUGUCCAGCACCUGGGAGCUGCCAAGGAUGCCCAGCGGCAACUCACAGCAGAGCUGCGUGAGCUGGAGGACAAGUACGCCGAGUGCAUGGAGAUGCUCCACGAGGCGCAGGAGGAGCUGAAGAACCUGCGGAACAAGACGGUGCCCAACACCACGUCCCGACGCUACCACUCCCUGGGCCUGUUCCCCAUGGACUCACUGGCUGCGGAGAUCGAGGGCACCAUGCGUAAGGAGCUGCAGCUGGACGAGCCCGAGUCCCCAGACAUCACCCACCAGAAGCGUGUCUUCGAGACCGUGAGAAACGUCAACCAAGUGGUCAAGCAGAGAUCAUUGACGCCUUCCCCUAUGAACAUCCCCGGCUCCAACCAGUCUUCAGCCAUGAACUCCCUCCUGUCCAGCUGCGUCAGCACCCCACGCUCCAGCUUCUACGGCAGUGAUGUCGGCAACGUGGUCCUUGACAACAAGACCAGCAGCAUCCUCCUCCUGGGAACUGAGGCAGCUGAGCUGGGGAAUGAGGACCGCAACAAGAAGCCAGGCACCCCAGGCACCCCAGGCUCCCACGACCUAGAGACGGCGCUUAGGCGUCUGUCCCUGCGCCGGGAGAACUACCUGUCUGAGCGGAGGUUCUUCGAGGAGGAGCAGGAGAGGAAGCUGCGCGAGCUGGCUGAGAAGGGGGAGCUGCACAGUGGCUCACUCACGCCCACCGAGAGCAUCAUGUCCCUGGGCACACAUUCGCGCUUCUCUGAGCUCACCGGCUUCUCCGGCAUGUCCUUCAGCAGCCGCUCCUACCUGCCCGAGAAGCUGCAGAUCGUGAAGCCACUUGAAGGUUCAGCCACGCUUCACCACUGGCAGCAACUGGCCCAGCCUCAUCUUGGGGGAAUCUUGGACCCCCGUCCUGGUGUGGUCACCAAGGGCUUCCGGACGCUGGACGUUGACCUGGAUGAAGUGUACUGUCUUAACGACUUUGAGGAAGACGACACAGGUGACCACAUCUCUCUCACGGGCCUAGCUACCUCCGCGCCAGUUCAGCACCCAGAGACCUCAGGUGAGAGGUCCCGAGCACACGUGACUGUCUCAGGCAGCAGAAGUUACUCCAGCCAGCCUCAGGCUUCCCCAGAGGAGAUGCACAAGCCGCCAGCGCCAGCGGGCCUGGAGGAGGAGGAGGAGGAGGAGGGGUCUGCGCACUACCCUGGGAGGUGCAUGUCACAGACCAACUCCACCUUCACGUUCACCACCUGCCGAAUCCUGCACCCCUCGGACGAGCUCACGCGGGUCACGCCAAGCCUUAACUCAGCCCCAGCUCCAGCUUGUAGCAGCACCAGCCACCUGAAACCCACCCCGGUGGCCACUCCGUGCACCCCCCGGAGACUGAGCCUGGCCGAGUCCUUCACAAAUAUCCGCGAGUCCACAACCACCAUGAGCACGUCCCUCGGACUGGUAUGGUUGCUGAAGGAACGAGGCAUCUCAGCGGCUGUGUAUGACCCCCAGAGUUGGGACAGAGCCGGCAGGGGCUCCCUCCUCCACUCCUACACCCCUAGGAUGGCCGUGAUCCCAUCCACCCCGCCAAACUCCCCCAUGCAGACGCCCGUGGCCUCGCCACCCUCUCUCGAGUUCAAGUGCACGAGCCCUCCCUACAACAACUUCCUGGCUUCCAAGCCCGCCAGCUCCAUCCUGAGGGAGGUUCGGGAAAAGAAGCCGGUGAGGAGCAGCGAGAGCCAGACGGACGUGUCUGUCUCCAACCUCAACCUUGUGGACAAAGUCAGGAGGUUUGGGGUGGCCAGAGCGGUGAACUCAGGACGACCACAUAUCCCCACCUUGACUGAGGAUCAGGGACCUCUCCUCUGUGGAGCCACAGGGCCAGCACAGGCUCUGGUCCCCGGGGGUCUGGUCCCCGAGGGCCUGACUCUGGGGUGCCCCAGUGGCAUCCGGCGGAAUCGCAGCUUCCCCACCAUGGUUGGGUCCAGCGUGCAGAUGAGAGCCCCCGUGAUCCUCACCUCGGGCAUCUUAAUGGGUGCUAAGCUCCCCAAACAGACUAGCCUGCGGUGAGGCCAGGGAUCGCUGCCGUGCAGGAGACCAUGUUUUCCUCUGUCUGCUCCUCACCUCCUGGUCCCCCCCCCCCACAGAGCGCUCACACCCUUCCCCCUCUGAGGUCUACUUCUCCUGAGCUAAACAAAUCAACUUUGUGCCUCGUUGGGGGGGGGUAGGACUCCAUACAGCGUGUACACAGGCCUUGGAGACCUUGCGUCUUCUCUCUUCCAGUCUUCUGGAAGUGAUAGACCUACAAGGUCAUACACUCACGAUGUCGCCUGAGCUCACCCGGGGGAAGGUGGCGUCCUUUUCUUCUUUACUUUUUGAGAAGCACUGAAAUUCCCAAGGGUGUUCUUAUCCCAUGGAUAGGAAUCUGGUGAACUCUGCAUAAGACUGCCGUUGGUGUUGCACGCGCCGUACGUGGCGCGGGUCGCAGUGCAUUCCACACCCUGGGUGACAGCCGGCAGUGCCGCUGGCCAUCAGAGAGCUGUUCUUCUGUUGUAGGUGGUCCAGCUUCAUCGAGGUCUGCGCUGUUCUGCUCUGGUGGGCCGUCCGUUCUCAGGAUGUGACUCCAAGUCACCCUGUGUGUUGUCAUCAGCUGUCAGGCUCACAGCCUGAUCUGAAAAGAAUGUAUUUACACUCUGAUGCACCACCAGGCAGCCCCUCUGUAUUCUAUGUGAUCUGUUUUUUUUGUUUUUUUUUUUUUUCCUUUUUUAAGAAUUUUAUUAGCAGGGAAGUCUCAGUACUGACAGUUUCUCUUGGUGGUUCUCUGACACCAAGUUGCAAAUGACGCACUCUAACUUGCUAAUAACAGCUCAUUUCUGGGACCCAGUGUCACAGCCAGGUUGAUGUAUGACCAGUUUUCACGGUAACAAAGGAUCAAGGGGACAGGGGACGAGAUGGUUAAAUCUUUCGAGACAGGGUUUCUCUGUGUAUCCUUUGCUGUCCCGGAACCCCCUCUGUAGGACCAGGCUGUCCUGAACUCACAGAGGCCCGCCUGCCUCUGCCUCCCGAGUGCUGAGAUUAAAGGCGGGUGCCACAGUUUUUUUUUUAAUCCUCUCCUUUCAGAACAAGCCCUUUGUCUCCUCAUCCCAUUUCUGCCCAUAGGAAAAGAAAAAAAAAUCAGAGGUGCUUAUGAAUGGAAAAGGCCUGAGGAAGUGAGCGGCCUAGGCCUGUUGCUGUCACGCAUUUCAGUUGUGGACUUUAUUUAUUAUCUGUGUGUGCUGUGUUUUAAUCAUAUAUUUCCUCCCCUUCCAGCUCCAGCCAGUGUGUGUGUGUGUGUGUGUGUGUGUGUGUGUAUGAGAGAGAGAGACGGAGAGAGAGAGACCCACCACCCCAGACAUAAUAUUUAUUUACUUUUGUCUGAAUAUGACCUGUACAUCUGUGUGUCACAUGAUCACCUGCCCUAGACAUCUGUGAAAGGGUAGCACCCUGUGUACAAGAAAUUGUCACAUGGACCCUCCCCCCGCCCAGCAAAAGAUGCGUCCUUGGAUGGAGUGACGGCCACUUUAUGUCCACUGAGGAUGCUUUGAGAAGGUCCCCCCAAACAGCAAGCUUUAGUCCCACUAUUUCAAACUAUUUAUUCUCGGAACACGAGAGUGCCGGCUCGUCACACUCCCUCCCUGCUCUCCUGGCUGUUGUGGGCGUGCAGUCACUCGGAGUAACUUACCCUUCUGUCUGAAUGUAUUUUAAAGCAGUAGGUAGAAUAGCAAGGGGGGAUGACAACCAUUGCCUUUGAACGGACGCAUCCAGAGGAGCUACCCACCUGCACUGGAAACACCCGUGUGAAAAACGGCACGCCAGAGGUUGUGAUAUUUAGUAUAGUUAAUAAACCGGUGAUCAACAUUAAGCAACCACUACCAAAAAGUGCGUUGUAGUGCAUCAAGAUCAGCAACAAAAUUUUAUUCGCUAAUGAAUACCAAUAAAACAAGCUCAAAAGGC